CAAACAAUCUAAAUGUUGAAAAUGCAGAAAGAUUUUUAAGCAUUAAAAAAAUUGAAACUCCAACCCGCAAAAAAAAACAAGAUAAACAAAAAACCAAUGAUAAUAUAGUAAAUACAUAUAAACAGCUUAUCGAACAGCAAAAUGAAUACAGUUAUAAACAACAAAGAUUUAUUCUUUCUGUGCAUAAAAAUGCUUCACAAAGUAUUGAUAUUGUUAAGAAA